UAAUGCCCACACGGCCAGCUGUUUUCUUUUCUACCCCGCAAAGAAAACACUCCGUAUCCACCCGGAAAAAGUCCAUUUUCUGCCACUUUUCACCCCUAGCAGAAUGCUAGUACGCCCCCAUGGCAUCCUCAAAGUCUUAUUUCAAAGUGUACGCAAGUGUCGAUCGCAAAUCCACCAACUAUCAUCAAACUGCAGAAGCCCCACCGCAAAAAGUGAGGUUAUAUUGAAGAACUCCCGAUGCCUACACACCUCGCCAAUAUCCCGGAGUUGGUGGGAAAAAGAUCGCAAAGGUGGCUACAAUUUCACCCGUGCCAGUGUCUCCCGGAAACAAAUGAUCCUCGAUGGACUCAAAGAGCUAAAAACAGAAAUAGCCCUUUGGCAACAAGAAGUGCGAGAGAAACUCGAGUCUGAUCCCAUCCUCAUCUAUCGACCAGGCGAAGUGGACGUAAAAUUUCAAUUUCAUCAACCAAAAGACCUAGAAAAGUGGGUGUGCACCACAGAUUCCGAUCAUAGUGAAGGCUACAGCAAAGCCAGUUUUGAUAUCAGUCCAUCGGGAUAUGGACUGUUCCAUGGGACUCUCUGCAAUAGGGUACCCAUCGAUGGGAAGAUCAAGAGGUCAGGCUAUGCCAAUAUCAGCAGUAUGCGUGCGAGGAAGAGUUUCAAACGCGAUUCCUACCACGAUUGGCAUCCCUACAAUAUGCUCGUGAUGAGAAUCCGAGGAGACGGACGGAGCUACCUGAUCAACAUCGCCACAGAAGGAUACUUCGAUGUACUCUGGAAUGAUGUCUACCAUUUUGCCCUGUACACGAGAGGAGGACCAUACUGGCAACACGUUCGGGUGCCCUUCUCGAAGUUCUUCCUAGGCUCUAAGGGACGUGUCCAGGACAAGCAGGGCCCCAUUUCUCUGGAGCAUGUCACUCAAAUAGGAUUUACCGUUGAUUCCCGGCACGAUUGCGAAGGACCCUUCAGCCUAGAAAUCGACUACAUUGGCUGCGAAUUUGACCCAUUGCACACGGAAAAGUUCGCCUAUGAAAUGUACAAACAGGACAAGUACAUUGUGGGCACGUAGAAUCGGGGAAAUGAGUAAAAGAUUGUGAAUAUGUGUAGAAAAUGUGUGAAUAUAUUUACAAGCAACUCCUAGAAUAGAACUCUAAA